GGGGUCGUUCUUAAAGUAUCGAGUAUGUAUUUGUAUUUACGCUUAUCGUUUCACCUCUACCCUGUACCAUUAAACAAGGCAAUAUAAAUAUGGAAGACUUUUACGGAAGAAGUACCGGUUUAGGUUUCCAGACGCAGUUUAACUGCGAAAUCAAUAGAUUUUUGACAAAGGUUGUGGUUCAUUAUUUUACAAACAAAUGUAUGGUACUCAUCACCCAAUACGACGGCCUACCGAAUUUAUAUACGGUACAAUUUGAUACUAAUGAUGUACAUCCAAAACGUUCAACACCUUUGAACAUAUCGGAAUAUCAUACCUCAGUGCCGGUGACAAUGAAAUGUUUGUUGGGUGUUGACAAAACGGAGAUUCGUGCCGCCAUACAAUUUUUGAUCAACAGGACAAAGUUAAGCAACUGUCCUAAUGAAAUGCUAAUUACUUUGGGUUUAAAGGAAAUUAAUAGCCAUGCUCUCUAUCAGAUAGCAGACAUUCUUGAAAAGCAGCUCUAGUGGCGUUCGGUGGUACAGUGAAAUAACUCACAAAUGAAUUAAGUCCCAAUGAAAUAACACCCAAUGAAAUAAGUUCCAAUAAAAAUUAAACCACACCUAACUCAAAGAAAUGAAAUAACUCCAAAAGAAGAAAUUAAAUAAGUCCCAAUAUUUGGGAGUUAUUUCAUACCGAAACAACAAGUCCCAAAAAAAAUUAAAUAACUGUCAAAUUUUCAAAUGCUAUUUAUUUAGUAUAUGUAAAUUUAUACAUAAGCAAACACGUAAAU